AUGAUGAUUCACACACUGCACACUAUUGGAAAGGGGUUUUGCGGCACAGUCUGGGCUGCUUCCGAGACCGGUCUAGCAUACAAACGGGAAGAUGGGGGGCCAGACAGAUCCUUGAAAAAUGACUUCGAAAUGCAUCGUCGAAUACUCCGCAGUUUUCGUGCAUCUGCUGAUUUCCUCAAGACCCAACAUCUUCAAAUCCAAAUUCCCACCUGUCAUAACUUCAUCGACGCCAUGGACCAGGAGUGGUGGACACGAAAUCUUUCGAGAUUCCCACCAGGGACACACCAUGUAAUGUCCUUCAGUCUCAGCGCAUUCCGCCACUACCAGAAGCCCGAGCCGGAUAAAGACUGCCUGAUAAGGCCAUAUCUCGGAAGACGACGAACAAAGAGGCAGGACAGUACCUCAAGAUUUACGGCGUUUUCCCUCCGAAACUUUCCGCUUCAUAUUGAUCAGAUGGAAUCCCUCGGGCUGCCCAUUAGUGAUGUUCAGAAGUACGCAAGGGCCAUGGCAGGCACCCUCGCCGUGAUGCAUUGGGUUGGCGAGAUUGAUGGGAAUGAUAUCGAAUUUGUCCUCGCACCUCCUCCUUUGAAUAGUGCCGGAACCUCAAAGGCCUCAAUAAUGUCCAAUACUCUCGGCGAGCACACUGUAUGGGUACUGGAUUUUGAUUGUGCAGGAGCAUGA